AGUUCCUGUUCCUUUUCCGCCAUUCAGUCUCACUAGAGCACCAACUGAAGGGUGUGGACGCGCUUUUUACCUCGCGACGACUCAAGAAAUAAACGUUUUGUAGCUGACAUGAAGCUUGAUAUUCCUCCUGUUCUGUGUUGAUCUGUAGACAUGGAGAAACCGACGAGUUGUUUUCUGUCGGUGCUGCUGCUGCUGGCGGUGCCGAGCUCUGUUUCCGCUGAAGAUGCGUUUUUCGGGGAAGGCGGUGAGCUGCGGUUGAGGCCUUCUUUCUCCAAAGAGAUCACCAGCAUCCAGUGGAAACACAACAACGAUCUGGUGGCAGAAUGGGUGAAAGAUAUAGUUGUUCUGCAGGAUUACGGUGACUUUAAAAACCGAACAACCCUGAACAUAAUCACUGGAGAUUUGGAGAUCAGAAACAUGAGUCGAGAUGACAACGGGGUGUAUUCAGUGGAAAUCAACAACAACGUUCAGCCUGAGCGCUAUAAUGCAAAACUGAUCGGAAGAGUGCCGAAGCCUGCUGUGUUGGUGGGACCGCUGACAUGUACCGAUAAAUCGCAACAGUGCACCCUGACCUGUGAUGGAUACAUCACGGGAGCUGAACCUGUCACCUUCAGCUGGAAGAAUGGAAAAGAAGAGUGGAAGGAUGGGAAGAAGGUCAGGGAUAUCACCAACGAUGAGACAACACAAAGAGUUGAAAUGUUCUCCUGCCGGAUGAAGAACCCAAUCAGUGAGGAAAAAAGUAAACCCAAAGACAACCCUUUCUACAGAAUAGACCCUGUAUGGAACCCCGUUCCAGCUGUGGUGGGAGGGGUGGUGGGGGGUCUGGUUCUUAUCGCCUUGGUGGUUCUGGGGGUUCGGAAACGAGAGGUUAUCGGGAAACGAAUCGAGGCAUGGAGAAAUCCAGACAGUUGUAAUAAUGGAAAUGUAAACCCGUCAGAGCUGACUCCAUGUAAUAAGGAAGACGCUGAAGAAAAUAAUGGAAAACCUGCUGCAGAAGUCUGAAGUCUUUGGGACAGACUCUGACCAGCACUCAUGUGCCAUCAGACUUCAGAUUGCUGUUGCUCUGUUGAUGUUUGACAGAACAACAUCUCCAUUCUUGUUUUUGUUUUUUUUAAUCAGGUUUCAACUCUGAGCAUCAUGGACUGUUAUUCACAGGAAGCUGCAGAGGAAUUUCCGCACUGUCUUCCCAAAACAAUAGAACGGAGGACAUUAUGACAUUAUGAACUUUUUUAUUGCUUUAAAACAUAUGUGUGUGUGUUUAUGUGCCUGUAUGGGUAAGAAGGGAAGAUAAGUGGAUCGAUGGACACAUGGAUAUAAAGUUCAUGUUCACCGCAUUGAAUAGUAAAACCACUCAGUAACUUCUCUUUAGUGUCGACAGAUCAAAUUUGGCCUUGUAAUUCACAGUAUUAUGACAUCUCAGUUGAUCCAAGUAAUUAAAUACUGUAAUUGCAUGCCAGCAUUUUAAAAAGCAGUGCUGUCGAAGUUGCAUGGAAGGCCUUCCAUUGGGACUUUUAUUAAUUUCAUUUCAUUUUUAUUCCUUGACAGUGAUUUUUUUUAUGCUGAGCUGGGCGGACUAUCAGAAAUAUAAAUGAGGAAUUGUGUGAAGCUGACUCACAGUGCUGAUGACUUUGAUCAAACGAGAGCACUUUACAGAUUUUCCAGUACUUGCUUGGAAGAUAUUUGUCUUAUCAUCAUAGGCCUAUCGUUCUUGUAACUCGUGUUUGGAAUACUGUCCUAUGCUUCUAUCCUGUGUCAAUUAAUAGUUAAAGAAAAAAGUGCACUGUGUGAAUAUCUGUGGUAAUAUGAACAUCACAUACUUUUGUACUAACGAGAAUGUAAAGAUUGUGCUUCUAUGCUUCUAUAUUAUGGGCUGAUUUUCAAGCUAUACAGAAAACAGCAUGUUGAAUUUGUCUGUGAUAUAUAGAACAAUAAUCUGAGACAAUCUUCUUAAAAUUCAUGGAUUAUCAUCUCUGAGAUGUGCAGUAUGUUGUGCCUUUAAUUGUUAACUUUGUCCUCCAUCCAUCCAGUCAAAGUGCCUUCUUAUGUUGACUAAAUGGAUAAGGAGGAGAAGGUUUUAAUUUAUUUUAGUUAGCAUUUGAAAUCUUUUGCAUUGACAUAUGAUUGUUUUUCCAUGAAGUACCAUAGAAAUAAAUCUUUAAAACUGCUUCACUAACUGUAGGCUCAUCAUUAUUAAUAAAAAAAAAAAGCGCAUAAUGAGAAAGAAAUUGAUUGAUAAGUAAAAUGAUAAAUACAUUAAGAUGAUUCUGAUGAUUGGAAAGUGUAAUAAUGGAACGUGUGAAUAUUGUGGAGAGGAAGGAACGGCAAAAUAUCAAAUAAUAUCAGUAAUAUUAAAAAAAAAUCCUCAGGUGACAAGUUGGAAACUCCUUCUGGAGUAUUUAGGAUCAACAAGACCAAUGAAUCUGAGUAGUAUAAGUAUUAUUUAUUGUUUAUCUACUGUUUUCAUUUGGUUCAUUUUAUUUAUUUAAUUAUGACUAUUAUGGGGUUUCUCUUUGUUUCAAUCAUAAUUGUUUGGUAGAAGUGUUAGGGAGAGGAGAGAUCUUUAGUCAUCAUUCCACAUCAGAGGUUGGUUACCAAAAGAAGAUUAUCAUCAUCUCCUUUUGACGCCAGACCGAAUCAGCCCAUGAUAAAAGAGGCCUUAAAGCAGUUAAAACUAGUUGUGUUUCUGAUUAAUUUCUUAUGGACUGAUGAUACAUUAUUUUGAAUUUGUAUUACUUUUUCUUGUAACUUUGUAUAUACGCCCCUGGUAUGGACAUUUGUGUGUGUACAUACUGUUAAUAUACAUGUGUUCUCUUAAAUAAAAGAACUUAAAUAAAUGGA